ACACAUUUUAUUCGACCAUCGGACAGACAUCGCACAUAUUUUUUUCCCUCCCUUUUUAUAUAUUUUUAGAUUGAUUUUUUUUGUAUAUUUAUUAUUGCCCGGAGGAGAAAAAUUUAUAUUCCGUCACCGGCGGCGAUGCCAACCCCGGUAAGCAUCGCCAGGCAAUGCCUGACGCCCGAGGCGGUCCACGCGCUGGACGAGGCGGUGGCCGUGGCGCGACGGAGGGGCCAUGCUCUGACGACUUCGCUGCACGCCGUCUCGGCGCUCCUCUCACUCCCGUCGUCGGUGCUCCGUGAGGCCUGCGCCCGAGCGCUCGGGAGUGGGCCCCCGUACCCGUCCCGGCUCCAGUUCAAGGCGCUGGAGCUCUACCUCAGCGUGUCCCUCGACCGGGUGCCCUCCGGGCAGCUCACCGACGACCCCCCGGUGUCGAACGCCCUCAUGGCCGCGAUAAAGCGGUCGCAGGCCAAUCAGAGGCGGCAGCCGGAGAACUUCCACCUGUAUCACCAGUUGUCGGGUCAGUCUUCCAUUGAUAACGCCAUCAAGGUGGAGCUGCAGCAGCUGAUCAUCUCCAUCCUCGACGACCCGGGUGUGAGCCGGGUCUUCGGGGAAGCCGGCUUCCGGAGCUCCGAGAUCAAGCUGGCCAUCCUCUGCCCCCUCCCUCACCUCCUACGAUACACCGGCCGGCCCCGGGGCCCGCCGCUGUUCCUCUGCAGCCUGGAUCCGGACCCGGAUCCCGGCCAGGGCCGGGUCAGGGUCCCGUUCUCCGUCCUGCCGGGGUUCUUACACGGCAGUGGGGACGCGAACUGCCGCCGGAUAGGGGAGGUCCUCCUCGGGAGGAGCGGUGGGCGGUGCCACCCCUUGCUCGUCGGUGCCUGCGCUCCCAGGGCUCUCAAAGAAUUCGUCGGAACCCUCGGGAAGAAGAGCAGAGCUAAACCCGAGGCCAUCGUUCCGCCGGAGCUCUCCAGGUUCACCGUGAUGGACAUCGAGAGCAGUAUAUCUGAAGGCUCUGUUGACGAGAGGCUCGACGAAGCGGUCGGUAUGGUGACUUCCCAGCUUCAUGGGGAAGCUUUGGUGGUGAGCUUCGGGGACCUGAAGUCCUUUCUCGGCUGUGAAUCGGGCAACUCGAUGAGUGAUCUAGUUAUCAGCAACAUCGUAGCGAGGCUGACGAGGCUGCUGGAGUCUCACCGCGGGAAGGUGAGGCUGAUCGGUUCUGCGGCCAGCAACGAGACAUACUCAAAGUUUGUGGGCAAGUUUCCGGUGGUGGAGAAAGAGUGGGAUCUUCAGGUUCUGCCCAUCACCACCGUCCGACCUUCCAUGGCGGAAUCGUGCCCUCGGUCCAGCUUGAUGGAAUCAUUCGUUUCUUUUGGGGGGUUCUUCUCUUCUUGCGGCGAAUGCAACGGACAAGUUCUGAGCAGCAGUCCCUAUCAGUAUCCAUCCCAGUGUAACCUCUGCACCGAGAAGAAAAGUGAAAGAGAAACAAUUCAGAUUUCCAAGUCAGACCUUACUGCUUCCGAAGACGAUCAGCACCAGUAUAGCUUGCCUUCAUGGUUGCAGAUGACUGAGCUCGGCUCAAGUGUAAAGGUGCAAGAAGCUCGUGGUGCUUCGAAACUGCAGAAAAUAUUUGCCACCAUGAAGUGGCUUCUUCUGUUUGUACUCCUGGUGAUGGCAUUGGUCGCGGGGACAUACUGUGGCUACAAGGGUCUGUUUAGGCUCUCUGAUUGGAUGAACAAAGUCGACUGGCAGAGAUCUAUGCUUCUUCUCUAAUGUAGUGUUCUCUUUCAGCUUGAAAUUAACCAUAGAGAUAUCUUCAUAGAAGAACUGCAAAAUAUGAGCUCAGUGUGAGAUAUUUUUUUCCUUUUUCGGUAAAAAAGGACGCCGGAGCCUGGAAUACGCAGUGUGAGAUGUAUAUUAGCUUCGAGGGGAUUGAAUUUUCUUGGUCCAAUGUUUUAUAAUUGCUUUGGUAUAGUAUCCACCGUUGCACAAUAAAUAUGAACAGCAGCAUAUUAUUAUCUCAAGAUGACAAUCUCAGAGAAGCCUUCAUGGUUCUCUUUUCUUUUCGGUUGCA